AUGCAUAAAGCCGGAGUAGGGCGCUCGACUUUAGAGGCAUUAGACUGGUGCUGCCACAAAUCCGAUGCCAAAACGUUGAAGAAGCUGGCCUUCUCGGUAGGAUCCCGUGUUGGAACCACCAAAGCGAUCAUAACGGAAAAUAUUCUUGACCAAUGUGGUAUUUUGAACCAGUUAGCGGCCAUGCGUACGCAGCGGGGCAACUUGAGUAUUACAGCCGUGGAUUUGGGGCUGGAAAACUUUGCUUACUCUCGAUUCUCCUGGGCUGCUAGCGACAAUAUUCCCCGUCUGGUAAAAUGGGACAAAAUACGACUUGAUGGCGCCUUCAUCGAUUUAAAAAUGCAGAAAUUGCAGCUUGCGCCUAAACACAUGGCUCUUUUGGGUCAGAAACUCACAGAGGUGCUGAUGCUAGAUCCGACCGAUGUUUUUGUCAUUGAGCGCCAGCGAACACGUACUCUGGGUUCUGCAAACGUUCCAGAUCCAAUUUUGAAGGUGAAUGCUCUGGAAUAUACACUUUUUGCCUUUCUACGAUCUAAAGCGCUUUACUCAAGACCUGCAGAAUCGCCUGGGCAGCGGCUUGACUACAUUGUUGAAUCCUCAGACCCUAAAAAAAUGACAGAAUACUGGUGCAAUUCUAUACCAACAAAUGCGCUGUUGGAUUCUACUUUUGGUGCUGGUUCGCCGAAGGCUAAGCUUAAAGCUAGAAGUUCUGCCUUAACCAAGAUGCUCAAGAUCGCGCUUACUAAGUCAAUGCUCAUGGAGCGGACGAACCCAAAGUUCGAAGUCCCUGAAAUUAUCAACAAAAACCUAGGUUCGCUCCCGCUGGCUAAAAAGUUCAGUCUUUUCGACCUACUUGGCCUGGGGGAGGCGGCAGGCAAGAGCAAAGAAGAUGACUUGGCGGACUCACUUUUGCAUGGGCUAGCAUGGCUCCAAUGGACAAAAACCUUUGAGGAGCUCAAAAACACUAUUGAGCCAUCUCGCUCUAGUACGCAAGCCCUUGAAAUCUUCAAAGGAUUUGUUGAAACUAAAUCACAAGAGUUAAGUAACUAUUCAAUGUCAUGUAUAUCUCGGUUGUGA